AACAGUUCUUCCCAAGUUUCGGAGAUGUUUUCCGACGUUUUUCCGCAGUAGCGGUUAUUAUGAAGCUUGACUUUGUUUAGGUCUAUAAAUCGUUGAAACGGCGUAUGCCGUUUCUCCGUAUAUGUUAAAAUUCAAGGACGACGUUCUUGAGCAUCGGAGACGCUGUUACAUUAGGUGUUUCUCAAGAAAAGCUAGAGAAAUGUUUUCGUCGCCACAGCACAGUGAAGUGCAGACACAAUGCAGACAGUUAGCUAGCGGCUUCCCUCGGUGGUAGCACACCAAGUCACGAAUGCUUCGGGUACACUUUACCGUGGAGAGGGUCGCAAUAUGUAUAUAUUUCUUAAAUAUCGAAGUAUCGUGUUUUUCUCCAGCCUUUUUAUAUUCACGUUGCGGUCCCGAUGUAACAAGGCGCACCGGUGUUUUGGAGGACACAACUGGAAACCAGUCUUGUUAUAACGGCACUGCCCUGAGUACAUCAUGGCACACAACAUCUUCUUUCCCUGUGAAACAUAGGAUCCUUGCCAGUAUGGAUUCAAUACAAUAUGACCCAGGCGGACAAUCAGCAGACCCAUUACUUAGAAAGGAUGGUACAGUGGAAAUUGGUGAGGCUAAAGCAUUUUUCGGAAGGGGCCCUCUCGCUUCUUCAGCUCCUGCUGGUCCGUGGGGUCACUCUUUUUACUCUUCAUUUCUCUAUGUAUCAAAUGGCUUGCACCUCAGGAACAGCAGAAGCACCCUCACCAGAUAUAACCUGGGCCACUCGCUGCCUCAGGUUCAGAGUGUGGUGCCUCCAGCUGCAUUUGGAGUAAAAUUUCACAAGUGUGCACAGGUGAAGCUUGACACUGAUCCCCCUCAGUUGACGUUCUUUCUGCUGGUUCGCAACGUGGGCCCUGUGGGUGGCACCAACCUAUCUCAGGUGGCUAUCCGGGACUCGAUUUCAGGAUUAGUACCUCUAAAAUCUGAAGGCCGGGUUGUGGAAAGAGGCUACCAGACAUUUGCCAUUGAGUCGUUGUUGGCUGGAUCUCAAAUGGUUCUCAAUUAUACUGCUCACGUAAGGAGUCAAAAGAGCGAAGUCCUUGACCUUCCAGCUUUUCUCACCUUCUCUAAUGCCUCACAGAAUGAUGUCAGCAUGUUUGGCCCAUUAAGGGCUAAUCUAACGCUGAGGAUGAAUUCCACAGACAGAAUCUAUCCUAACCACGGUGUUCAUUUUGCUGGAUUUGUUGCUGGGUUGUUUGUCACCAUGGUGCUGCUGCUGCUGGGGUUUCUGGCCAUAAAUGUGAUAGGACUCAGAACUAGACUGAAUCUUCUUCAAAAAAGGAGAAACAGAAGUGAUUCAGACCCUGAGUUUGCAGACUCCAACUUGAGUGAGACAGUCAAGGAUGAGGCAACAUUUGAAGACAAGAUUGUGGACACCAUGGUUCUGGAGGAUCCACAGAACAUGUACAGGGCUUUGGAAAAUCUUGAAAUGUCUUCACUGCUACAUGCCACCAAUAACCUGGAAGCCAUCCGGAUUCAGAUUUACAAGGACGUGAUGUCCUCCUUGCUUGCCAGACUUCAAUUUCAGGGCCAGGCCAGUGCUCAAGCCCAGGAGAGGCUGCUUAGUGUGCUUCACGGGCAGCUGCUAGGCAUGGAGGGACGGCUCAAGGAGGAGCGAGGGGCUCGCAUGGUUGCCUUGGCUGGUCAGUGUAACCUGGAGACUCGGGAAGAAAUGGAAGCAGAGCACUGCAGAGAGGCUGCUGAGAAGGCCCAGGCUGAGCUUCUGUGUCAACAUGCAGAUCAACAGGAACUUCUUCAGUGUAGUGUCAUCCUGGAGAAGCUGCACAAGUUGAGCCAGAGUCAGCUUCAACGCAUCUUAUUGGUUCGUCAUGAAGAGGCCUCAGCAAAGCUCCAGAGGCAGAUCAUUGAGUGGCGACGGGUGGAGCUGCACAAGAUUUUCUCAGAGGAACUGGAGGAGGCCACCAGGAUGGGAGAGUUGGAGAAGAGCACAGCCAAGAAUCUUCAGCACAAAUACUUUACUUGUCAGGAUCAGCUAGAGGAGGUGCUGGAUGUAGUCCUUGCCAAUCUGCGCUAUGUGCUAGCUGAACGCAGCGCACAGAGGAAGUUUCUGGUGCACAGCCUCCACAGCCUUAACAGCCUGAUUUCUGACACUUUCUCCAGCACCUCCAGCAACUUGGACAGCUGGUUCACUUACAUCAGGGGAGGGAGCAAACUGCCUGCAGUGCAGGUCGACCACCUGCAGGAGAAGGCUCAGAAAGACCUGGUGAUGCUGAGACAGAGACUGGAUGAGGCACUGAAGCAGGAGAGGAGAGCCAUGCAUUGCGGACUGAUUAAGAAGAGGAGGGAGCUCAUAUCUGACAUGGUGACGGUCCACAAACAAAGACAGAAGGACCUGUCGAACAUGUGCAAGGGUCUGGAGGGAGGGAUAGAGGUAGGACAGCAUCUGCACUGUUGGCAGAAUUUACUGACAGCUCACAGCUUGGAGCUAGCAGAGCUUAUCAACAACCUGGAUGAGGAAGCUGCUGCAGACAUCCGCAAGGUCACCAUGCGUGUGAUCCAGGGUGCCAUAGCAGACAUCAAAGCCAUCCAGCCUUCUGCAGCUCAGGCUGUAUCAGCCCUCUUGCCUCCAGGAGAGCAAGACUUUCCACUGCAGAUGGAACCAGGGCAAGGAUCAGGACAGGGAGCGAGUGCUCUCCUGGUGGGUCAGGAAAGACUGCACCAGGAAGGCAAGGCGGCCUUGCGUAUCCUCAGCUCCACCAGGGAGGCUCUGAAGGAAGACAUGGAGAAAGAGCUACAGGAGCAGAAGGCACUUAGGACACGCUGCAAAGAUUUCUUCAGGUGUUUGUGUUUGUCCCAGCUAACUCUGUCUGAAGAUGACAGGCUAAAGAUGAAACUGGAGUUUCAGAAAUGUCUCUCUGUGAUAGAUCGCUGUCUGGUGAUGCCACACGCUGUCGCCAGAACUAAACUUCUGUGUGCUCUGGCAGCUUGGAGGAAGGAGAGCGAGAAACAGAUGAUGAAUACACAAUCCAAGGGGAAAACCAGUGAGGCCAGACAGAAAGCAGACACAUCCGACCUGCAACUUUUCCAGAAAAAGCUUAAGGAUAGGAUUCAACUAUAUGAGAGGGAGAAGGAGAUGGAGAGCAGUAUAAUGAGCAAGGUGUUGGAGGAGAUGACGCAUGAGAGAGAAGAUGAUCUGCACUCUCAGGCAGACAGCCUGGCUGUGCAAAUGGCUAUCAUCCAUUACCAGAAGGCUGAGAGGCGAACCAAAGUUUUGGAGACCUGCAGAGCAAUGCUGACUCUCCAUAGCCUGCUUGUUCAACAGCUCAAAGAAAGGAAGCAUUUGGAGAGACAAGACAUGGCUCAGAGUAUACAAAGCCACUGCUUGGGCCUAGAGGAAGCAGAGCAACAGCUUCAGGAGGAAAGAACAAACUUGGACAGCCUGCAAAUGUCUCAGCCCACUAUAAAGUCAAGUAAAACACAUCAGGAGGACUCUGGUGUGGGAGAUGAGAACUGUGAGCAAGAAACCGUGUUUCAGUUGCAGACAGAUUGCAGGAUGGGGGCCAUCCUUCAGGAUGCACUUUAUAAGCGUGAGCAGGUUACUUCACUGAUGGCUGAGAGGUUUCACUUAAUGACUGCCAAGAGUCAAAGCAUGGAAGAUUUAAAAGAACAAAUGGAGCUCAAGAGACUGUAUGCAAACUGUGACCAGGAUCUGGACUUUGCAUCUCAGCUGGUCAAGCGGUGUCAUGUGUCUACCGAGGUUCUCCUGGAGGCCCUACGUCUCCUUCUCCCAACCCUGCCUGAAAGUGAACUCCUUUCAAUCAGUGAUGCCCUGUGCCCCAAGCAGCACCCUCCCUCAGGGUCUGCAGAACAGGAACACCCAGGGUGUGCUGAGGAGCUGAACAGAGUUCUUCCUGUCAAACUGAGAGAAGAUGUGGUGCAUAAAAAUAUGCUGAAUAUUCCAAGUUGUGCUGUGGAUAAAGAGGGACUCCAGGAAAAGAGGCAAAGUCUGAUGGAAAAACUGCUCCCCAGGUCCGGUCUUGUGCUUCAAGGGGAUACUGCACCGCUGCUGACUAAGGAGAAGGGAAAGAACAUCUGUAGCAAAGCACAGCAGCCGGUUUAUAAAUCUGGGCUGCCUGUUAAAGAGCAGCAGAGCGACAGUGGAAGAGAAGAAUUUGUGGACACAGUAAAGGAAGCAGAGGAACACACGACUUCAGCCUCUGCUUGCUGUGCGCCGGGGAGCCCAGCAACUGGGGAAAAGCUGUUUGUUUUCCGGGAUCCACCUGAAUCAUGUAACAGUGUAGAUGUCCCAAAUAGAAAAAGGAAGAGGAAUUUCCUCAAUCUGAAGAAAGGUUCAGUGGCCCCAACAAACCUACCUUGAAAUUUGUCUUGUCUUUUGUAUUAUUGUUUUUUAAUGAGGAUGGUAUUUUAUAUAUGAUCAUUCUCCAAAAAAAAAUAUCUGGUACUUCACAAAGUGUUUAUAUGAUCUGACUUUGUUUUAUUUUUUUAAUAAAAUCAGCUGGCUUAA